AUGCAAUUCCGCUGUCGGUGUCCCGUCGUCACGUCGCCAUCUCGCCGUCGAUGUCAAUUCCCCUUGCCAUCACGCCGUCGAUUCCAUCGAUUCCUCCCGUCGUCAUGUCUCCAUAACACCGUCGAUUCUUCUCGCCGUCGCGCUGUUGAUUCCUCUUGUCGGCUUCCUGUCCUCACGAUGCCAUCUCGUAGUGUUCCAGUAAGCAACCUGGCCGCCGGCGUCUUGACGACAAAGUGGACUAUGUACCCGGCAUAUGGAAUCAUCGAAAGCUUUUUAUGA